AUGGCACAAUGCUUGUCUUUCUUCGACCAGAGAAAAAAGUGCAGAAAAAAGAGCCAAAAUUUUCGAAACACAAUUUCAGUUUUAACACCAAAUUAUCAACAACAACCCCAACAACAACAACCUUAUCUUCCCCAACAAUUAAUUGUUCCAUAUGGUUCAAAUACUCUUUGGCCAUUUCCUCAACAACAACAACAACCAGCAAUUUCUUCUUCCUAUUCAACAGACGACCGAGGAAAUUUAAAUUUUAUUGGAGGAGGAAAUCCUCCUCUUCCACGUUCAGCCUUUCAACAACAACAACAAUCACCUUUAAACUUUUAUGCUGGAUGGCCUCAACAACAACAACAAUUUCCACAACAAAGAGACAAUUCAUCUCCUCUUAAUGAACUUAUUUCUCAACUAUCAUUAGCUUUAGUUCGCUCAUUUGCUCAAAUGCUUGCACAACGUGACAAUACAAAUAAUGACAGUAGUAGUAGUGGGGGUGGUGGUGGUUUAAUAAGAACACCUAGAGAAGGAGGAGGUUUUUUAGGAAUUCCUUUUGGGCAACCACCUCAACAGCAACAACCGGCGCCGUCGUUUCCAGGAAGAGUAUCCACAAAUUAUGGUUAUGGUGUAAAUGCUGGCGUUUUUGCUGGAACUUAUGGCGGUAGCGAAAGCGUUGCUAGUCCCUACGGGCCUUAUGGAUCAUUAAAUAGCCAAACUGGUGGAGGAUCUUACAGUGGAUUGUCACCAUGGCCUUUAAUUCCUGGGUAUGUUGUUGAGACGAAAUGA